GGUGUCCACGAGAAGUAGUGUCACCAUGGGCGAUCACAACCAAAGCCGACAGGACGAUUCGAGUAGUGCAGUGUUCUCACUCAUGGUCAAGAUGUCCAAACUUUUCAUGUACUUGCGGGCCAGUACGCCCACCGCUCCUCGACCAAGCAAACCCGCCAACAUGACGGACGCAGAUGAGGACCUCUACGGCCCAGUUGUGCAACGCAUUGAGGUGCAGAUAGCUGAUGUCUUUCGGCGCAAGUUGAGUGACAUUCUCGAUGGAAGCAGUGCUUACGACGAAUGUGAUGAGGUUCGGCCACCCCAGAGACCGACGAAGGUGCCUAUGGUUAAAAGCAUGUCUUCUAUAAACCCAGAUACUGGCCCUGAUUUACAGGGAGAUAUGCCCCGGGUGGCUAGGAGUCGGUCGAAGAGUUUCCUGAACAGAAACCGAAAGGCUUUACUUGAGGAUGCAACCGCGGUUUCAGAUUCUGGUAUACUCAUUAGUCCCCAUCCGCGACGGAACACUCUGUGCGGAGAUG